GGUAGGGGUUUCGUUGGGCUCAUGGGAUUCAUAAUAACGCCGCCACACAAGUCAUUCCAUGUCCAGAAACAAUAGGGCGCGUCUUACUUGGAUGCAUCGGCCAAUCAUAUUGCAGUUAGUGUCCAGCCUACAACACGGGUGGGAUCUUCUAAUAACGCUUCGGGACGGCUAUAUUUGUUCUUUGUAGCCACUGCUAACAUAAAAACUCAUCUUCACUCUAGCCACGCUUUAACCACAGAAUUUAGUCACAUAUCUUUGACGAGCUUUUGUUCACAUACCUCAACUAGGUCCUUCGGAAUAAGAUGGUCGUUUUGACUAAACACAAUGAAGAGCAGGAUUAUAUCCUGAUUGAGGAGCGUAAGUGCACCUCCCUACCCAACUCUCCAGCCAAGCGAGCGUGUCCCAGCAAAAAGAAGCAGUUCUAUAUCAACCAAGCCAUCCGCAACUCUGACCUCACGCCACGAGCCAAAGGCAAGAAGAGCCUGCGGCGACAGGAGAACGCACGCUAUCUUACCAAUCUUCUUGAGAGGGAUGACGAGUGCCCCAAAGAUGAACUGGAAGUUUGCAGUACUCCGGCAAUCCCGUCUAUCUUCACGGAGGCCUGGACCAAUGACGAUUACGUCGAGCCAUGGAGCGACUUCAUGAAUUGCUCUGGAGAAGAACAGGAGAGGCUUUUGUCUCUGCUCGAGCAAGAGGUGGCCAAGAAAAAAAUUGUUGGUUGUCUCCUUAAAGACCAGAGGAAUGUAAAUCCUGCCUUCACAGCUCAGGAAUGUUUCCAAAGAAUCGACCGAAGACUGCGGACAACUCUGAGACGGAAACAAAUCCCUGUGGGAACUCUGGAAGUGCUGGAAGAAAACCUUCUGAGCUUCUUCCUCGCGCAACCUCGUUCAGUUUACACAACCAACCUCUCCAGCAGAUUUUCUCGUUUGUGGCUUAGCUUUGAAAGGCUUCUGCUCCAUGCUGUCUGCCAGUACAUGGACCUUGUCUCUUCAAGCAGCAAUUUGCACGGGUGUCGUCAGACUGAAGUGGUGAACAAACAGGAGGACUUCCUGCCUCCUGCACUUCCUCUGUCAGCCUAUUUGGACCAAAGGUACUGAGAAGAAGCCCACCCUCACCUGCCUGGCCUUAAAGGAAACAGUAGCCCUGCAAUGUGCGCAUACAACAGAACCCUCAGCGACGCCGACCCGGGUUGGAAAAAUGUACAUACAAAAGUACCAUCUGUCAGGGUGAGCGUGGUUAGAAAGAAAACUUUGGGCUACUGGCCUGUUGAGAAACUCAUGAAUACUUAUGAAUUAACAAAAUCCCCCACCUUGUCACUUCACAUGAUAAAGCAGUUUGAAAACGCGUACUGCUAAUUAGUUAGCAUACAAUGCUCUUCCUCUGUUUAAAAGGGAAAUAUUAGUGAUGUUAACGUUUCGUCCCAUGGCAAAAUUAUUUCUAAGAUCCAUGCUAGUAUUCUGACCUGUUCCCACCCCCAUCAUUUUCUUGAUCUGCCAAAGUGGGAUCAUAUUUUUAUUCGGACCAUAUUCACAUUUGUUAACAGUACUUUUUCAGUUGAUGUAACUUUAAUUUCGCAGUAUAAUAAUUACACUCAUUGUCAAGUGUAUCCACUUGUGUAAUGGAAUGCAAAAGAAAAUCCAAAAACAUAUCUAGUUGGAUACAUUGUGGUCAUCUAGAACUAUGCAUUUCUAGUGCAUUAACAAAUUAAUAAUGAAAUCAUUUCCACGUUUUGCAUUUAGGUACAAAUUCUGUAUUAGUAUAUGUACUAAAUACUUUUUGGAUAGUUUCAUGCUUGGUCAUGAACAAUUGGAAAAAUGUUACCAAACAUGAAUAGUAAUCAAACAUUUUAAUGGCACAAUAUAAAAAAAGUGUACAUUUGGUGGGAGGGGGAAAAGAAAAAGGGUGGAAAAAAAAAAAAGCACUUGAUUGACUAGUGUAAGUCUGUAGGAUGAAAGUGUUGUCCUGUUGUUAGUGCAUGAAUAUUGAUUGUGUUGAAAUGUCUCACACAAGUAGAUGUCUUUGUUCCCCGGGUGGCCCAAAUAAUCAAACAAAACAAAAAGUAACAACAACAAAUUCUACUUUAUGGGCACAAAUAGUAGAUACCAGGGACAGCAGUUUUGUAGUUUUAUAAAUUGUUUUAUCGCGUACACAUUUAUAUCCGUUUCAGUUGAUUGUCUUCAAUCCACAAUUUGUCCAUGCAGCUCAGCCAUACUUGUGUAGAUUUAGUGUUGGUGUAGUGAAAGAGGCCGGGUCAAUGCUGACAGAUGCAAAUGACUUCUGAAGUCUCUUGUUGACAUAUACAAACUUCGCUUGUUUACACAGUCCAACCUCUCCCAUUGUUACAAAAAAAAUAAUAAUAACAUGGUAAUACCUGCUUAGCUCAGAUUUUGAAAAAGCACUUCUGCCUUAGGAAAGCAAAUCUGUUUCUACAUUUGUACUUGACUACACUUUUGUGAAAAAUAUCCAGGUUAUUUUUUAAGAGAAUUAAGUCCCAUGUUCUAUUUUCUUUAUAGUGUCGUCAUUGAACAAGGCUUGAACUGUUGGCCUUUAUUGCCAGCAACCAAAGUUUGUAUGAAAUCUAAUUUCUCAGGCUUGUAUGAUUUUUGUCACUCUGAAUAUCAUGUUGUAAUUUCACGUUUGUGUACAACAGUCACUUUAAGAUGACUUAUACAGCUAUCCAUCUUUGUUUGCCAACAUAUUCAACCGAUUGUACUGUAAAUACUAAUUAUGUGCCAACAUUUAGGACAGCUUUUACGUGUAAACGUUUUACACAAGAUUGUGUACAUUGUGUGCGCUAUGGUGCUUACUUAUAACUAUAAUCGCAACUGUUACGAUUGCCAUAUAUUUUUCUCUUGAUUACGUGCAUGAGAAUUUUGAAAAGCACUGUCCGAAAUGACAGUUUAAUAAACAGUACUUCAAGUGCACCAUC